GCCCUGCUUGUUCCUCGCGCAAAUCACGGUAGAUUUAGUCCAUGGUUUGGUGUGGUUAGUUCCCCCCAGCCCUUCGUUAUCCCCUGUCACCCCCACCCCAUGGUGUUGACUCGUGGGGGUUCAGAGGAAAGCCACGGUAAAGGCACUGACUUCAUAUUCAAGUCCUAGAAAUCAUGAACCGCAGCCCAGGGUAUCUCUGGAGAAGUACAGACCAGUGCAGUACCUCUGAAGUUGCCCCCUCUUGAAUUCUCAUUGGAUCCUCCCCAGCUCCCUAAAUCAUUCCCGCUGCUAUAUCUAUCAGCAUGACUACAGCCUCGUUCACUAGUUCUCUCUGUAUCUCAUUGUCUCCACCACAUCCUUGUACUUCUCUGUACAGAUUUCUCUGUGCUCCUUCCUCUCGAGCUGGGUUGGCAGAGCCUCUCGCCUUUUUAACCUUUAGAAAGUCUCACGGUUUGUUAUUAUUUAUCUCUUUUGCCUGGGGAUCAUCACAGACCCCACUGCCCACACACAGACACGCACACUUUUCUUGACAUAUUUGAUUCUUUUAUCUUUCUCUCUUUCUCACACACACACAAACACACAAAGUGGUUUCUUUUACUUGGCGGUGUGCCACCAGGAACUGCUGAUUAUUUCUAAAGGGCCACCACCAUGCAGAUCACUUUUUUAGCUUGAAGCUGAAGAUCAUGGAAUGUCUGCUUGGAUUCUGGCUUUGUUUCGCUCACAAUCAUCUCGCUUCCUGAAAUUUCACCUGAUGCAUCCACUAGAAAAAAAGAUCACAGAACCAGACUCUAUUCAAUUCCAUGCUGAUUCAAAAUGAACUGAAGGUGUUGAGGGAAAGCUAAGAGAAUGAAGACUCUAAGCCCACAGUGGAAGCAUGAUAUGGCGAUGCAGUGGUGGUGCUGAAUUGUUCUCUCUGAUGGCUCUAUGGGAGUGGAUAGCACUGAGUCUUCAUUGCUGGGUUUUAGCGGUUGCUGCCGUUUCGGAUCAGCAUGCCACAAGCUCCUUCGACUGGCUCCUCUCUGAUAAGGGACCCUUCCAUCGCUCACAGGAAUACACAGAUUUUGUGGACAGAAGUCGACAGGGAUUUAGCACAAGAUACAAGAUUUACAGAGAGUUUGGCCGCUGGAAAGUAAACAAUCUAGCUGUCGAAAGAAGAAAUUUCCUUGGCUCCCCACUGCCUCUCGCACCUGAAUUCUUUCGCAACAUAAGACUACUAGGACGUCGCCCAACCCUUCAGCAAAUCACAGAGAACCUUAUCAAGAAAUAUGGGACACAUUUCCUACUGUCAGCUACCUUGGGAGGAGAGGAGUCACUCACAAUUUUUGUGGACAAGCGGAAGCUGAGUAAGCGAUCAGAAGGAAGUGAUCCCAGCACCAACAGUUCUUCUGUGACUCUGGAGACUCUGCACCAACUGGCAGCCUCUUAUUUCAUUGACAGGGACAGUACUCUCCGUAGACUUCACCAUAUUCAGAUUGCCUCCACUGCCAUCAAGGUAACAGAAACCCGGACUGGUCCUCUUGGCUGCAGUAACUAUGACAACCUAGAUUCUGUCAGUUCUGUUCUGGUUCAGAGUCCUGAAAAUAAGAUUCAGUUACAAGGUCUUCAGCUCAUCCUGCCUGAAUAUCUGCAGGAGCGUUUUGUGCAGGCAGCUUUGAGUUAUAUUGCCUGCAAUUCAGAGGGGGAGUUUAUCUGCAAAGAUAAUGAUUGCUGGUGUCAGUGUGGCCCCAAAUUCCCAGAGUGCAACUGUCCGUACAUGGACAUUCAAGCCAUGGAAGAAACCCUGCUUCGCAUAAGUGAAACCUGGAAUGCUUACAACAGCGAAUUUGAAGAGUCAGAUUCUGUUGGAUCUUUGCAGAGACAAGGGAAGAGACGCAUGGAUAAUGAAGCCUGCAGUGUCUCUCCCUGCUCACAAGAAACAAAAGAUGAAUUCAAGUUCUUUAUGAAAAGGCUGCCCAUGAACUAUUUCCUCAACACGUCUACCAUAAUGCAUUUGUGGACAAUGGAUUCUAAUUUUCAGCGUCGCUAUGAGCAACUGGAAAACAGCAUGAAACAACUUUUCCUUAAGGCACAGAAAAUUGUACACAAGCUCUUUAGCCUAAGUAAGAGGUGCCAUAAACAGCCACUCAUCAGCUUGCCAAGACAGAGAUCGUCAAUCUACUGGCUAAACCGCAUCCAGUCCUUUCUGUACUGCAAUGAAAAUGGUCUUCUGGGAAGCUUUUCUGAAGAGACUCAUUCGUGCACCUGCCCUAAUGAUCAGGUCGCCUGCAAUGGGUUCCUUCCCUGCAUUGUGGGAGAUGGCUCUGCAUGUUUGACCUGUGCACCUGACAACCGCACCCGCUGUGGGAACUGUAAUACUGGAUACAUGCUGAGCCAAGGGCUUUGCAAGCCUGAAGUGGCAGACUCCACAGAGCACUACAUUGGGUUUGAGACAGAUCUUCAGGACCUGGAGAUGAAGUAUUUAUUGCAAAAAACAGACCGGAGGAUUGAAGUCCAUGCCAUUUUCAUCAGCAAUGACAUGCGCCUCAAUAGCUGGUUCGAUCCCUCCUGGCGCAAACGGAUGCUCCUUACCCUUAAGAGUAACAAGUACAAGUCUAGCUUGGUCCAUAUGAUACUGGGUAUCUCUCUUCAAAUUUGCCUAACAAAAAACAGCACCUUGGAACCUGUUCUAGCUGUUUACGUCAACCCUUUUGGAGGCAGCCACUCUGAAAGCUGGUUCAUGCCUGUGAAUGAAAACAGUUUCCCAGACUGGGAGCGGACUAAGCUGGACUUACCUCUUCAGUGUUAUAACUGGACGCUGACUCUAGGCAACAAGUGGAAGACAUUUUUUGAAACAGUACAUAUCUACUUGAGGAGUCGAAUUAAGUCAAAUGGUCCAAAUGGCAAUGAAAGCAUCUACUACGAACCCCUGGAAUUUAUCGAUCCUUCACGUAACCUAGGCUACAUGAAAAUCAACAACAUCCAAGUGUUUGGCUACAGCAUGCACUUUGACCCAGAAGCAAUUCGGGACUUAAUUUUGCAGCUGGACUACCCCUAUACUCAGGGAUCACAGGACUCAGCACUUUUGCAGCUAUUAGAGAUACGGGACCGUGUAAAUAAACUCUCCCCGCCUGGCCAGCGUCGUCUAGAUCUGUUCUCUUGCUUGCUACGCCAUAGACUCAAACUAUCUACCAGUGAGGUGGUGAGGAUUCAAUCCGCUUUGCAGGCCUUUAAUGCCAAAUUACCAAACACAGUGGAUUAUGACACAACCAAAUUAUGUAGUUAACCAUCAAUGUGAAGCACAACACAAAACCUUGAAGGAGUUUUUACAGUGCUUUUGUGGAACAGUUUAUGUUUGGAAGAGUAAAUUUAAAUUGUCUUUUCAAUAUCUGUCUUAUAUCAGUCAAUACCAUUGGAUGGCAAUUUACACACAUGAACUUGCUGACAAUGAAUAUAUUAUACCUGCAGUUUUGGUUUAUGAAUGAAAUAAAUACUGACACCAGUCUAGAAGACAUUCUACUUUUUACAAUAAAUUUCAUUUGUAAUUUUAUAUGUUCCGUGGCAAUGCUUUUGUGCAUUACAUCCUCUAGAGGGAACAUAAAAGGAUACCAAUAAAAUUUUGUAGCUGAACAGUUAUUAAAAAGAAA